CGCGCCUGCCUGCCCGGUGCGGAGCUCAGCCCGGCGCGGAGCAGAGGAGGGGCCCAUUAGCAGCCGCGGAGGAGGCGGAGGGGAUGCCGGAGAGACACAAAGCCGGCGGGGGAAGCAGCCCACGGCUCGUCCCGGGAUGGGGGCGCCGCGCCGGGUCCGCCUGAUGCUGCUGCCGCGGGUGCUCUGGGGCUCCGUCCCCCUCAUCCUCCUGCUGCUGCCCGCGGCCGAGCCCAUCUGCCCCGAGCCAUGCGACUGCCAGCAGCACCAGCACCUCCUCUGCACCAACCGGGGCCUGCGCUCCGUGCCCAAGACUGCCGAGCCGCAGGAUAUCCUCACCUACAGCCUCGGGGGCAACUUCAUCGCCAACAUCUCCGCCUUCGACUUCCACCGCCUGGCAGGGCUCCAGCGCCUGGACCUGCAGUACAACCGGAUUCGCUCGCUGCACCCCAAGGCCUUUGAGCGCCUGGAGCGGCUAGAGGAGCUUUAUUUGGGCAACAACCUGCUGCCAGCACUGGCCCCCGGCACACUCAGCACCCUGGCCAAGCUGCGCAUCCUCUACGUGAACGCCAACGAGAUCGGCCGUCUCAGCGCUGCCUCCUUCUCUGGCCUCGACAGCCUUGUCAAGCUGCGGCUGGAUGGCAACGAGCUGGGCUCGCUGGGCGAUUCCACUUUCUCAGGGCUGCCAAACUUACUCUAUCUGCACCUGGAGUCCAACCGCAUCCGCUGGCUGAGUCGCGGUGCCUUCACUGGCCUGGCCAAGUUGCGCUUCCUCGACCUCUCAGGGAACCAGCAGAGCUCCCUUCGCCACCCAGACAUCUUUGGGCCGCUGCGCUCCCUUCACACCCUGCUGCUGGCCAGCAACAGCCUGCGGCAGCUCACAGGGGGGCUCUUCCAGCACCUGCCCGGCUUGGCAAAGCUCUCACUCAGCGGCAACCGACUGUCUCACCUGGCCCCGGAUGCUUUCAGGGGCCUGGGCUCGCUGAAGGAGCUGCGCCUGGAGGGGAACCUGCUGAGCCACCUACCUGCCACCCUACUGGAGCCGCUGGACAGCCUGGAGGCACUGGAUCUGAGCCGCAAUGCACUGACCGCCCUGCACCCAGCCGCCUUCGGCCGCCUCGGCCGCUUGCGGGAGCUCAGCCUGCGGGACAACGCACUGGCCACGCUCCCCGGCGAGCUCUUCGCCUCCAGCCUGUCCCUCUACCGCCUGGAGCUGGAAGGGAACGCCUGGAGCUGCGAUUGCCGCCUUCGCGGCCUCAAGCGCUGGCUGUCGGCCUGGCACUCCCAGGGCCGCCUGCUCACCGUCUUCGUGCAGUGCCACCUGCCACCCGCCCUGGCCGGCAAGUACCUCGACUACGUGCAAGACGCCCAGCUGCCGCUGCCGCAGGACGGCGGCCCCUGCCCCGAUGGUGCCUCUCCCUCCCCGCCAUCUCCCGAGGGACUUGGUGGCAACAACAGUGCAGCGGGGCUGCCCCCAGGGCCACCGCCGGCCGCCUCCACCGCCCGCCUGAUGAUGGGGGUGCCCAUAGCCGCCAGCCCCACGCCGGCACCGCUGCCCAGUGCAGCGGCGUGGCCCCGACGGGCCGGUGCCGCCGGGGUCCCGCCGCUGGUGUCCGACCCGUGCGACUUCAACAAGCUGUUCCUGCACAACCUGUCGGUGGAGGCGGUGGGCUCCAGCUGGGUGACGGUGCGCUGGGCCGUGCGGCCUCACCGCAGCCCCCGCCUGCUGGGGCCGGCGCGAUUCCGCCUCCUCUUCGACCGCUUCGGCGCCGCCGUCAAAUUCCAGCGCUUCGUGUACCUGCCGGAGCGCGGGGAGCCGGCGGCCACGCUGCGGGAGCUCCGCCCGGACACCCCCUACCUCGUGUGCGUCGAGGGCGUCCUGGGCGGCCGCGUGUGCCCGGUGGCGCCGCGGGACCACUGCGCGGGGCUGGUCACCCUGCCCGAGGGCGGCACCGCGGCGGCGGCGGCGGCGGGCGGGCCCCGCGGCCCCGACCAGCAGCUGCUCACGCUGGUGCUGCUGGCGGUGAACGCGCUGCUGCUGCUGGCGGCUCUGGCCGCCUGGGCCGCCCGCCUGCUGCGCAAGAAGGUGCUGGGCCGGCGGCGUCGGAAGUCGGCCCCGGUCCACGUGCGGCAGCUCUACUCCACACGCCGCCCGCUCCGCUCCAUGGGCACCGGAGUCUCCGCCGACUUCUCGGGCUUCCAGUCCCACCGGCCGCCCCGCGGCGCCGCCGCCUGCGCCCUCAGCGAGGCCGACCUCAUCGAGUUCCCCUGCGAGCGCUUCAUGGACAGCGGCAGCGGCCGGCACGGCGAUGAGCACCUGCUGCAGCGCUUCGCCGACUGAGCCCGCCGGGGCCCGCGGCGGGGGAAGGCGGACGCCGCUCUGCGAAGGGAUGGUGCGGGCCCAGGGGUCGCGGCCUCCGAGGGGAUGGUGCGGCUCCGUGGCUGCGUUCAGCCGCCCUUGCUGCGGGUCGGGGCUGAGGCUUCCUGUGGGAUGGGGUUUCUUCUUGCGGCGCCUCACCGUUUUGUCAGGAAUCGUCGCUAACCCAAGGAAAAACCCUGACAGGCGGCAACCGUGCGUUGCCAUGAGGAGCAAACGGCAGGAGCUGCUGCCAACAGCAGCCAGUGCCUCCCUUAAGGAAAUUCAGAGCUGUUAAUUUAAGUGUGCUAUUUUACAGGUGGUUUCCUCCGACUGCAGGUUGGGAACAAGUUCCAGUGAGCGGCCUGACCCUGUAUGAGGAGCUUUGAACAGGUCUUUUCCAAGGCACCAGCCCUUCCUAAUCAAAAAUUUGGAUCGAGGGUCGUCUUUUCAUGGAGCUGUUUGCAACCAAGGAGUUGUCUGGAGGGCUGGAAGUGUAGGGGUUUUUGCUCAAUGGUUUGAAGGCUGUGCCGUUUCAACUCAAACCGAAUGUGAGGCAAUUUAAUGUGCACAAGUGUGCUUUUAUACUUUUCUGUAAACGAGAAACAAUAAUGCAGCUGGUUAGUUCUACAGGAAUAUAUUGCUGACACCACUAAGAAAAAACUAACAGUUUUUUGUAGAAUGUUUACAAAUGAGCUAUUUUUAAAUUGUUUUUGAAUAAAUACUGCUUGGUACUUGUACACGUUAAUGUGUGCUGUAGUUGUCUGGGUCCAUGAUGGUCAGCAGAUCACUGACCCUCACAUAAUCCAUCUUCAUUUCUAAAUGGGUGGGUGCAGAGGUGAACUAUUGAUGGAUAAAUAAUCAUUGGUGCCUUAUUUCAGAAACAAUAAUAGGUGAGAAUAUUUCAGGAAUGUGAAACAAUCUUUAUCCUAACAGGCAAUUCUCUCCUAGCCUUAGCCUACUAAAGUUAGAAGCUUUAUGUACCUCACUGUGAAAUAAAACAUUUUGUGUAUUAAUCUAGAUUAUGUGUUUUGUGUAGCUGGGUGAGUAAUGCUAGAGUUAAACCCUUAUGCAGUAGUAUAUAAUGUUUGAAUUGUUUUGGUUUGUUGGUUGUUGUGGUUUUUUUUUUUUUUAAUUAGGAUUUUGCUUUUGGUUUCAGAGCAAUGCUAAUCAUUUUAUGGUCAGUUGCUCUCUACUUCUCAGACUUUUUCCUAAAUAUUUACAGAAUGUGGUCCUGUUAUUACAAAAUAUGGUGAUUUAGUUUACAUUAAUAAUUCUCUCUGUGUGGUCUACAAA